CCCAUCCUUUUAAUCUAUUUAUACCAGGUUCUGCAGGAGUUCCUGGUUGACCAGUGCUCUUCCAUUAACCCAGUCCCUUUCCCUUGCAGACGAGCCCUCCAUGUCGGAAAUGAGCCAUUCCAACGGGAUUUACAGCACCCUGAGCGAAGCCUCGCCGGCGCUGGGGCGGCAGGCGGGCACCAACGGGAGCUUUGCCCUGGAGCACGGCGCCAUCCCGGCCCCGGAGCCGUUCCACGAGCUGCGCUCCAGCAGCCCCUACGGCAUCCCCCCGUCGCCCGCGGCCCUGCAGGCCCUGCCAGGCCACCAGCCCUUGAUCUCCAGCCUGGUGUACCCCGACAACGGCCUGGCCAUCAUGGGACAGAGCGGAGCAGGGGUGCCCCAGCCCAUGAGGGUGCUGGCCGGGAAUGGACCGAGCUCCGACCUCUCCACGGGCAGCAGCGGCGGGUACCCCGAUUUCCCGGCCAGCCCGGCCUCCUGGCUCGAUGAGGUCGACCACGCUCAGUUUUGAUACAGGGGCCACCCCCAGGCAGCGGGAAGGGAAAGGACUCGGUGCUGUGAAAUGUCACCUGCUCUUGGAAAGGACAGAGGGACAGCCGUGAGGGCCGUGACACGCAGGGAGCAGAGGGGAUUUCGGAGAUGAGCCUGGCAUGAUGAUGAUG